GGCACGUUCACUAAAGUUCUGUCGAAAACUAACUUUUAUGCGAUCAUGACAGCGGUGAGAGUCUGAUUCCGGUUUGAGGUACGAGUCCAAGUCGGGUCUUAAGACUCCACAGGAGGUUAAGCUCAAAGGACAGUAAACAGGUGUCUGUACUUCACAACACUUUUUAUGUGCUCUGUGUUUUAAGCUGGAAAAUGAUGGAGGACGACUUUCGGCCUCAGGUGAAGAAGGUAGCCAUGGCCAUGGGCGCCUCGCUCACGGAGCAGGACAUCAACCACAUGCCGUGAGGACUGAGGACGCAGGGAGUUUUCCACUACAGCAAGUUUCUGGAGUACAUGAGGCAGUUUAUGACGUCGGUGCAGCGAGACAAGGCCAUCAGGCAGGUCUUCAUCACGCUGGACAAAGACAGCAGCAGCUACAUCGAGUGGAACAAGAUCAAGUACAUUCUGUCCGUGUUGCCUGCUGGGGGUCCAUCUACCAUGCUUUCUGAUGAGGAGGCCGAGGCCAUCAUCCAGGCUGCAGACACAGGUGGAGACGGGCGUAUUGAUUACACAGAAUUCUCCAACUUGCUGAAGACGGACAUGAAGCCGAGGAAGUAG